AUGGCUUUAAAAUGCUUGGAGGUACCUCUAGAUGUUGACAUUAAGAAUGGUGGUCAUGUCAUGGUUCUAGACCUUCCUCUCGUUGGCAAAGUUGGCCUUAGUGUUGAUCUCAUUAUGAUUGACGCUCACUUAAUAUGCUCUCUCGACUUUUCUUGUGACUCUGGCUACCAAGUAACCUACAUUGUCAAGGGCAGUAGCCAUGUCCAGGUUGUCGGCAUCAAUGAUAAGCACAAGCUGGAGACCAGAAUCAGGGCUUGCUGUCUAUCCGCCGCCCCCAGGUUCUUCGUUGCUGAUUCUGGAGGCAUCCUUCAACACUAUUCUAAAAAAAUGGAGAAGCUUUUCAGGUUCAAGAGGUCUUCAGAUGAAAUUUUCUUUGUUCCUCCGGUUGAUCAUGCUGGUAAUUUUGAAACCAAGAGGCUCGCAAUUAGAUUCAUGUCAUCUGCAUCUGACUUGGAAAUUCUCAAUAAGGCCUAA